AUUGGAAAGCCCGAAAAGCGUAAAAGAAGCUCUUUGUCGACGCUUAUUCAAAGAAGAUCAGAUCAAGGCUCUUGUACCGGAUAAAAGGAAUGAAAAACUUACCAUCAAAGAGAGAGCUCAAUAUUGUGCUAAAAGUGGUGAUCCAUAUGAUAUUUACUUACAUGCUUUAGAUUUAGUCAAGACAAAAAAUGAUAGUGAUGAAGAAAUU